CCCUAUUACGGCGAAAUCAUGUCCAUCCUAAAAAAUACGUUUCGACUUAACCACUUUCGCAAAAACCAGCUGGAGGCUAUGAAUGCGACUUUAAAUGGGAAAGAUGUAUUUGUACUGAUGCCAACUGGAGGAGGAAAGAGUCUUUGCUACCAGCUACCUGCUUUGUGUCAGUCUGGAAAAACUCGAGGCGUGACAUUUGUGGUUUCGCCACUCAUCGCAUUGAUGUUUGACCAGGUCAAAGCACUGAAAUCGAAGAAUGUCGACGCAGAACUCUUCGGAUCUUCAAUUUCGGCACCUGGAGCAGACAUUAGCACGGCUCUCAUGAGGCGGCUAAGAAGCUCCGAGAAACCUUCUAUUGUAUACGUCACACCAGAGAAGUUGCAAGAGAGUCCCCAGUUACAGAGUAUAUUAUCUGACCUUUACGAGUCACGACAAAUUGCUCGGUUUGUCAUUGACGAAGCACAUUGUAUCGUGACAUGGGGAAGGGAUUUCCGUGAUGCGUACAAAUCACUGCAUGUUCUGCGUGAGAGGUACCCAGAUGUUCCAAUAAUGGCUCUCACUGCUACUGCUGAUUUGACAGCGAUCGAAGGGAUCGUCAGCCGGCUCACACUUCGUACGGAUUGUGUUCGUCUCACGCAAUCGUUCAAUCGACCCAACCUGCACUAUAGCGUCCGCCCGAAGGCCGGAAAGAAUGCACUACAGCCUAUUGUAGCUUUUAUCAAAUCGAAUCAUCCAAAUAGUACUGGUGUGAUAUAUUGUCUUUCGAGGCAAAACUGCGAUGAUGUGGCGCAAAAGCUAAGAGAAGAGUACAAGAUUGAUGCAAGGCCAUACCAUGCUGCCAUGAGCGCUCUUGAUAGAGAGAGGAAUCAGGUAGACUGGCAAAAUGACAAAUAUAAAGUUAUUGUUGCUACGGUUGCUUUUGGCAUGGGCAUAGACAAGGCUGACGUAAGAUUCGUCAUUCAUUAUUCAAUUCCUAAAUCUAUGGACGGUUACUAUCAAGAGACCGGUCGAGCUGGACGAGAUGGAUUACCCGCCGAUUGUCUUCUCUAUUAUUCUUAUCGAGAUGCUACCGUGCGCAUGAAGAUGAUUGAUAACGAUAGAGGAGACACCGAUAGGCCGCCCCUUUCAGGUGUUGAAAGAAAACGUCAACAAGAGGAAGUGAGCGCUGUUGUGCAGUACUGUAACAAUGAUGUAGACUGCAGGCGUUGUCUUCUUCUUGCUCACUUCGGAGAGUCGUUUAACCUAAAAGAUUGCCACAAGGGUUGCGAUAAUUGCAGCAGAGGCGGAGAGAUAGUGAAGAAAGACUUAACGUCAGACGCGAUAAAAGCCAUCGACCUUCUCGGGCAAAUGCUAGCCACUGUUGACAAUAUCACCGCCAAUCAGCUGAAGGACGUCUUCCGCGGGCGUAACAAUCAAAAGGUCAGAGAGCAUGGACACGAAAACCUUCCGUUAUAUGGAGCGGGAAGCCAGUUAGAACUGGGAAUGGUAGAGCGGCUGCUCAACAAAAUGCUCGCCUUGAACGUUUUCCGCAACGUUACUAUUGAAGUUGGAGGCUGGCCACAAAGCUACUUGAGGGUAGGGCUGAAACGUGACAUGGUU